AUGUUUGAACUAAGAGGCAAGAGCCUCAUCGCGGUUAUUCUAUUGACCUCUGGUCUUGACUUCCUUCUCUUCGGAUAUGAUCAAGGACUUUUCGGCGGUAUCUUGGGCGGCCAGCGCUUCAAGGAUACCCUCGGCAACCCGAACCCAACGAUGACGGGACUAGUUACCGCUAUCUACGAUAUUGGAUGCGCGCUCGGUGCCGUCGUAGCUUUCGUCUUCGGUGAACGCAUCGGACGCAAGCGCUCUAUUAUCCUCGCCAACCUCAUCGUCGUAAUCGGUGCUGCUAUACAGACCGCUAGCUUCGACUACUGGCAGAUGUUUGUCUCGCGCAUCAUUGGUGGUAUUGGCGUCGGACUGUCAACGGUCGCGGUGCCAAUUCUACAGUCGGAGACAUUGCCUGCGCACAACCGUGGUUCGCUGCUCGUCGUUCAGUCCGCUCUGAUCAUCAUCGGUGUCGCGGUCGCUUCUUGGCUGUGCUUUGCGACACUGUACGCCGAAAGCUCACUGCAGUGGAGGUUUCCCGUCGCGUGCCAGAUCCUCUUCUCGCUCAUGGUCUUGGCGCUCUGCCCAUUCCUGUGCGAAACACCGAGAUGGCUCGCAUCCCGUGGAAAGAUUGAUGAGGCGAAACACACCAUCAGUCGACUUUUAGACAAGCCUCUGGAUGACGAAGAAGUGCAAGGUCAACUCCAGGAGAUUCUCGACGCCAUCGCGGCGGAGAGCAGCGAAGAAGAACCCACUUGGGGCGAAGUCUUCAGCAACGCCACCAAGACCCGUAAUCUACACCGUGUUGUGCUUGGGAUGGGUCCAUACAUGAUGAACCAGUGGAGCGGUAUCAACGCUCUGUGCUAUUACCUCGCCUACAUCUUCCAGCAGUACCUCGACUACUCCCCGAGCAUGUCUCUCAUCCUCGCUUCUGUGGCCUUCACUCAGUAUGCCGUAUUUUCUUGGCCACCAUACUUCUACAUCGACAAGAUCGGGCGGCGGUGGUCAGUCAUGGGUUCUUCAGCCGGUUGCGCAGCAUGCAUGGCUAUUAUCGCCGGAUGUCUGGCUAAGAACAGCUAUGCCAGUGCCGCAGCAGCUGUAGCAUUCAUCUUCUUGUAUCUCGACUGCUUCACUCUCGGUAUAUUGCCCGUAUCGUGGUCUUACUCAGCCGAAAUCCAACCUCUCCGUGUCCGCAACAAGGCAACCGCGGUUGGCGUCUUCUCACACUGGAUGUCCAACUUCGUUGUCGUCAUGGUUACCCCAAUCGGUCUUGACAACAUCCGCGGCCAUUACUUCUGGGUCUGGGCAGCUGUCUGCGCGUCCUUUGUACCGCUGACUUACUUCUUUGGCGUCGAGACUUCCGGACGCACGCUUGAGCAAAUCGACAUUAUGUUCUACGAGAACCCAAGGCUCUGCAUGGGGCUCAACAAAGAGAACCGAAGAGUUGUAAGGGCGAGCAAGUCAGAUGAGGAGCAGAGAUACAGGGAGUUUGCACAUGCCAACGAGAAGAACCAGGCUGUGAUGGCAGAGAGGAUAAGCCAAGAUGACUAG